AUGCCUAUUAUCUGUUUUGAGAAAGAUAUAGAAGAAAAUCAGAUAGAGUAUCUGGAUGAAAUAAGCGAUGAUGGCAUAGUACAUUCUGAGAUCUGCCAAACAUUGAUCGCCGUUCCAACAGAAAUUGAACCCUUACCGAUUGACAGGAAAGUGCUUGAAGAAAUAUCAGUCCUGGAGAAAGCUGUUGGAAAUCCUGUUGGUACAUCAUUAAUGUCCAACUCUAAUGUACCUGUCUGUCAGUCUUUUGAAGGCCUCGAUGACAUUACAAAACAUCUUCAAAAACCGCUGACAAAGGAAGACGUCCAAGUUCAUGUUACAUCUAACGGAAAUAUAGAGUCAGCAGUGAACAAUGAGACAAGUGAAGUGACAGUAACUUCUGUAACUUCUGAUAAUAAAAACGAAAAUGAAGGCACUUCUGGUGUGGACGAAGAAAAAGAAACUGGAUCUGACUAUUCUGAAAUACCAAGUGAACCAGGUGAACCAAUUGAAGUAGAAUCCACUUCGAAUAGCAUUACUUUAGCUUGGAGUGAACCAAUUAAUGGUUCAAAUAGCAUUGAUAAUUAUGAAAUUAAAUACAAGGAACGCAACACACAAACUGCUAGAUGGAUACCAGUAGUCACAGAAACAAAAAGACGAACCACUACAGUUCCAGACUUAAAAUGUGGAACAGAAUAUGAUUUUAAGAUACGAGCGGUGAAUCAGGAUGGUGAAGAGGGUCCAUUUAGUAAACCUGUCAAAUUCUCUACCAAUAUAUCUUUAGGCAAAUCUGUUCAGACUUGCGCUAAAAAGAUUAGAGAUGGAAAUCCAACAAUUUUCAAACUUCCACUUCAUCAACCAAAAAGUUCAACCAAUCGCACUGCCAAAACACGAAAAUGUACAUUUGGACAGAAAAGGGUUAAAAGUGUUGAAAAAACAAUAAUGUUAGUGGGUGCCACCGGAUCUGGGAAGAGCACAUUGAUAGAUGGCAUGAUAAACUACAUUACCGACGUAUCGUGGGAUGACGAUUUUCGUUUUACUUUAGUUGAUUUAACCGAUGAAGAGAAGAAAAGACUUAAAAAUCAGUCUGAUUCCCAAACCGAAUGGAUAACAUGCUAUGCAGUUCAUACAAUGGACGGCAGUAAAAUUGAUUACAAUCUUAACAUAAUUGACACACCUGGAUUUGGAGAUACUCGUGGUAUCAUCCGUGAUAAAGCUAUCGUCGACCAAAUUCGAGAAUUCUUUACAUCUCCAGGAGACCAGGGAAUCAGGUUUUUGGAUGCAGUCUGUUUUGUUACACAAGCGCCUCUUGCUAGACUUACACCUCCACAGCGUUACAUCUUUGAUGCUAUUUUGUCUGUAUUUGGUCAAGACAUAGCUAAUAAUAUAUAUGUAUUAAUUACGUUUGCAGAUGGAAAUGAACCGCCAGUUAGGGAUGCACUGAAAGCUGCAUGUGUCCCCUUUCAAGGUUCUUUCAAAUUUAAUAAUUCUGCCCUCUUUGCUUCUAGCCAAAAAUCUGAUGAGGCCAAAUUUGGAUCUUUGUUUUGGAAAAUGGGUCAAGAGAGUUUCAAAAUAUUUUUUGACGAACUCAAGUUGGUAGAGUCCAAAAGUUUACAGCUGACUACUGAAGUCCUGGAACUGCGGAAAAAUUUAGAAGCUACUGUUCAAGGACUGCAGCCUCAAAUUUCUGAAGGAAUGAACAAACUAAAUACGAUCCGACAGGAAAGAGAAGUUUUAAAGAGACACAAAACAGACAUUGAAGCUAAUAGAAAUUUUAUUUAUGAGGUCGAUGAAAUUCAUAUGAGAAAAAUAGAUUUACAACCAGGACGUUAUGUUACCAAUUGCCUUACAUGCAACAGAACAUGUCAUUUCCCUUGUCGUAUUCCAGAUGAUGCAAAUAAAAGAGAGUGUGCUGCUAUGUAUAAUGGCUCAUGUAAAGUAUGUCCCAAAGAAUGUCACUGGAGCGUCCAUAAAAAUAACUCUUUUCGGAUUGAAACCUAUAAUAUCAAAGUCAAGAAAACAUACGAUGAACUAAAACGAAAAUAUGAAAUAGCACAACAAGAAGAACAGAAGCACAGGUCUGUUUUGGGGAAAGUUAAGAAUGCAUUUUCUUCUCUAGGUAGCAAAGUAAUGAACAUGGUACAUGAUGUACGUUGCUAUAUCAAUAAACUGAACGAAAUUGCACUUAGACCUAAUCCUCUUAGUGACAUUGAUUACAUAGACUUGCUUAUAGAGAGUGAGAAAAAUGAAAGAAAGUACGGAUGGGAAAAGAGAGUAAAGCUUUUCAAGAAAAUGCGAGAAGAGUCGGAAUUGGUGGCCAAAACGUCAAAUGCAAACUUUAGACCAUGGGGCGAAGAGGAAGAUAUAAUCAAUGACGAACCAGAAAGUUCAUAAAGUAUCUUCAACCAACUUUUGAAAUAAACUUUUACAUCCAGACCUUGUAUGUUCAAUAUAGAUAUAUUGAUCAAAUGUAUUAUCAAUAUAAGGUCAACAAUUUCAGUUUGUUAUAUCUUAUAUAAAACAUCACAUAAAAUUAAAACAAAAGUGAAGACUUUGAAAUGAUUCACCUGAUUUAUUAGUUUUUAUGUUGAACGACUAAGAGAUGUUACU